AUGCCCCCAUUAACACCCUCCUCCUCCCAGGAGAUCAUCUGCCUCGACUCUCCCCCGCCAUCCCAGAAGAGAAACACAAACACCACUCCUUCCUCCAACGUCGGACCCUCGUCCGCGUCCUCGUCGUCAAAACAACAACCCUCAUCUGCCCAACCAAAGCGCCGUCCCACAGUCAGCGGGUCUCAGUCGAGGUCACGGGUCACUGAGCGCAUGCUCAACUCGCUCAACAAUGACAAGAACCCCAUCACUCACUCGGACGCGUUCCAGCGUACACAGCACGUCCACUCGUGUUCUACGGGCCACCAGCAGCGUGGAGGUGACCGUGGAUUCUGGAAUCAAGCGCGUGAUGCCAACGUCAAGCCGAUCGCACAGGAGCACACGUACUGGAGCGUGAGGACAGCCAAUGUCGAGGCAAACGCAAGGGCAAAGGCUACGAACGUUCUUGCUGGCUGCGUCAUUGCCAUCAACGGCCCGACUGGAUCGAAAGUCUCCAACCUCCAGCUCCAGAACCUCAUCACCGCCAACGGCGGCCGCUACGUCCCGCACCAGAGCAGGAGGUGCACCCACGUCGUUGCCGCGAGGUUGUCUGGUACCAAGGCUCAGAAGCAUAUCAACGGGCAAGGGUCGAGGGGCGCGGCCAUGAGGACGCAAGUGGUCAAGGUCGAGUGGGUACUCGAUUGCGUCGCACAAGGCAAGCGUAUUAGCGAGGCUGGAUACGGUGUGGUGGAGGAUCCAUCACAAAAGAACCUCUUCACUGCGUUUGGUGUUGCACCUCCGUCUGCUCCGUUCACGACUGCUGAGCCCUCAAAGCCGACAUGA